AUGAAAAUUGAGAGUAAAAGCCUUGUUUCUCUUGAUGUUGAAACAAGGUGGAAUUCAACAUACUUGAUGCUAGAAAGUGUUAUCAAGUUUCAAGAUGCUUUUGAUUUAUUGGAGGAGCAAGAUAGUAAGUAUAGGUCCGAGCUUUUAUCAUUGAAGGGGUUGCCCAAUGAAGAAGAUUGGGAGCAUGUUAGGUGUAUGUUACCUUUCUUGAGAGGUUUUUAUACAUCUACUUUGCAUAUUUCUGGCUCCUUGUAUGUAACUAGAAACAAUUACUUUCAUGAAGUCUUUGGCAUUGGAGCAAUGAUUAAAAAAAAGAUGAUAACAAGUGAUGAUGGUUUUAAAAAGAUGGCUACUAAAAUGAAGGAGAAAUAUGAUAAGUAUUGGAGCAAUUCAUCAAACAUAAAUGUGCUUUUAUUUAUUGCUCCAAUUCUUGAUCCACGAUACAAGUUAGGUUAUGUUUCCUUCAUUAUUAGCCAAACUUAUGAUGAAGAAAAAGCCAAAAAUUUGUGUGAUCAAGUAGAAAAAGUAUUGCGAGAUUUGUAUGCUCAUUACUCGCAUGAAGUUGGAGUUAUUAAUGAAAAUUCGACAAGUAGUUCCGAAAAAGUUGAUGAAGAGAUUGUUAUUGAUGUUGAUGAUGAUCCGACAACUUUCUUGAACAACCAAUAUAAAAGAUUGUUGGAAGAGAACUCAAGUGGUACAGCUGCAAAAUGUGAGUUGGAUUGGUAUUUGGGCGAGCAAUGUGAGUCUUUGGAUAACAAGUUCGAUAUACUUAGUUGGUGGAAGAAAAAUCAAGUAAGGUUUCCGGUCAUCGCGGCAAUUGCUAGGGAUGUUUUGGCAAUUCCCGCCUCAACUGUAGCUUCAGAAUCUUCAUUUAGUACCGGGAGACGCGUUCUUGAUGCAUUUUGUAGCUCAUUGACCCCCAAAACGGUGGAAGCAUUGAUAUGUUGUCAAAAUUGGCUUAGGUCCAAAAACGUUCCUAUUGAUAUAGAGGAAAGUUUUGAAGCUCUUGAAAACUAUGAAGCCGAAGUGAAAGACUUGCCUCAAGCUAUAUCCGCCCUUACUUUUUUUGAUGCAGUUUUGUAUAGUUUUUCAAUGUUGUUUUAUGCAGUUUUUUGGUUUGGUGUUGAUUUUGAGAUGAUUUGCUCCUGUUUUUUUGUUUUGUUGAAGGGAUUAUGGAUGUUUUGUGUGUUAUCAAACUAG